UUCCGGGAUAAGCCCGUUUUGCCGGUAGUGGGUAGUGCAGGGGGUGCGUUCGCUGCUGCUUGCUGGUCCGGUGGCCUCGCUCCGGGAAAGCCAGGCAUGAAGAUCACGAGGCAGAAACACGCCAAAAAGCAUCUUGGCUUCUUCCGCAACAAUUUCGGGGUCCGCGAGCCGUACCAGAUCCUGCUGGACGGCACCUUCUGUCAGGCGGCACUGCGGGGCCGCAUCCAGCUGCGGGAGCAGCUGCCCCGCUACCUCAUGGGGGAGACUCAGCUCUGCACCACCAGGUGUGUGUUAAAAGAGUUGGAAACAUUGGGAAAGGACUUAUAUGGGGCAAAGCUGAUUGCACAAAAAUGCCAGGUUCGAAAUUGUCCCCAUUUCAAGAGUGCAGUGAGUGGAUCAGAAUGUCUGCUUUCCAUGGUUGAAGAUGGAAAUCCUCACCAUUAUUUUGUGGCGACACAGGAUCAGAAUUUGUCUAUGAAAGUAAAGAAAAAGCCCGGAAUUCCUCUCAUGUUUAUUAUUCAGAACACUAUUGUCCUGGACAAACCUUCUCCAAAAACAAUUGCAUUUGUUAAAGCAGUAGAGUUGGGUCAGCUUGUCUCAGUGCAUGAGAAACAAAGUAUCAAGCAACUUAAAGAGGAACAGGGUUUAGUAAAAGACCCUGAACAGAGAAGAAGAAAAAAGCGCAAGAAAAUAAGUGGCCCCAAUCCUCUUAGCUGUUUGAAGAAAAAGAAAAAAACACAGGAUACAAACUCAUCUGCCUCUGAAAAGAAAAGGAAAAGAAAAAGAAUCCGAAACAGAUCUACCUCAAAAGUACUUUCUGAAAAGCAGAAUGCAGAAGGACAGUGAGUCCUUUGGAUACUUAUAAAGACAUUCAAAUAAGAAAAUAAAUUUCUUUUUGAAACUGGAAGACCUUAUGGUAAAAGACUAAACUUAUUUUUGUAAAUGAAUAUUGACCCACAAGCCAUACAAAAUUAUUUGUAAAGAAAAACCAGAGUGGACAGAUUUAGGUGUGAUCAUGUUCAGUUUCAGUUAUAUGCAGAUAGUUUAAAAAAAUCAUAUAGUACCAAAACGCUUGUGACAAAAAAGAGGUAAUCCUGCUUUCUCAUUCACAGAGGAAACUUCCUCUUUCAACUCAUGUAGUGGUUGUAGAAUUUACCUUUAUAUUUCCAAACAAUAUGAAUAUGCUCCUACCUUUUUAUCUACCCAUUAUUUAUUGAUUUCCUACUAGAAAGAGUGGAAAUUUUGCUUACUUAUUUUACUCUACCAUUUUUCCAAUAUAUUAAUAUUUCAAUCUUUAUACUUCCCAGAUUCAGUAUUUUCAUUUUGAUGACUAUAAACUUUGCUUACUACUGAACUAAGUAGCAUGCUAAGAUUGAAUUUAUUUCUUAUGUUACUUUUUUGUUAGUCCAGAAGUUAAUAAUGACCUCAUGUUCUUCUAGCAUCUGACUUGAUCUUGCCAUAUUCUCUAGUAACUCUGGAAAGGAUCUCAUAAUUUUCCAUAUAAUAUCAGGUCAGUUCUUACCCCGGUGAUAUUUCUGGAGCCAUCCCUCUGUCCUUCAACGUGAAAAGGUUUUCUGCCAAGCGUGUUGCUCAGCUGUCACCCAGGCACUUCCUGUCCUUGCCCAGAGAAUCUACUUUGUCGCUUCUGUAGCCUAGAUUCUUCAUACUAGUCUUUCUUGAUUUCUUCUGCUGUGGUGGAGCAUAGAGUGUGUAGGAGGUACAUUUUGAGGCUCAACCAGUGUGUCUAAACUUAUAUUUGUUGCACUGAUAAUCUAGUAAGGUAAAGAAUUACUUGUUGAAAAAUCAUUUCACUCAGGUUUUCUUGAGAACUGAAUUGUUUAUAAGCUCCUGGGGGGAAAAAAAUCCCUUUACUUUUUUUGAGUUCCAUUUUUCCAGUACGGAGGGUGAUUUUCUUUUAGAUGUAAAUGUUAAAUGGCAAAAAUUCCCAAAUAAUACUCUUUCAGGUUGGCUUUAAAUGUUACUUUAAAAAUGUCUAAAGGGUGAAUUCAAUUAGGAAUUGAAUAAUCAAGCUUUUCUUUUUUGGCCCCCUCCCCACUGUUUUAAUCAUCCUUCAGGCCAAAAUUAAAAUGUUUUUGCACUGUAAGUUUGAGGUAAAAAGUUGUCAGAUUGCUCCUGACUUUGAGUUGCCUGUGAUGUCUUCAAAUAGUGCUUCUUCAUCUGUAUCCUUAGAAUAUCAUGAUCAUGUGUGAAGUACUUCAUGAAUAAGUUCUAAUUUAUGGCUAAAAUAAAUAACUUUUCUUAAAUACAAGAAAA